AUCAUUGAAAAUUUUCUCGUGACAAAAUGCAUUGGCAUCAAAUAAUGUCAUUUGUAAAAUAUCUAAAUAAUUUGAAGUCAUCUCUUGCCUAAAAUUGAACCAUAACCUCCAUUCCAACAACGUAGUUGCAUCAUUCAUACCAAACGAAAUCUAAAAAUGUUGAUCCUGAAAGUGUGUCGUUCGUCGCUUUCUCCGCAAGUAACGAGCCUCUUGAAAGCUCCAAAAACUGUACUUCCUAGAGCCCAGGUUGCCAGAUUAUUCGCGAGCGAUGGAAGACAAACUUUUACUCGAUCUGCUCGUGCCCGAGAAAGCCUCGUCGAGAAGGUCGCAAAACCCGCAGGUGAAACUGCUUUUAACAUCGGGAAGGGGGCUGUUGCUGGUGCCAGUGCUUUAGGACUAGGCGCACUCUGUUUCUAUGGAUUAGGUCUUUCAUCGGAGACUGGAGCCAUUGAUCAUGCACAAGUUUGGCCACAGUACGUGAAGGACAGGAUUCGCUCGACGUACAUGUACACAGCAGCAUCCGUAGCUGCAACUGUAGCAUCAGCUGCUAUGGUUCUGCGAUCUCCCGCCAUCAUGAGAGCAGUCUCAAAUCAAGGUUUCCUUGCACUUGCUCUCACGAUGGGAUCUUUAGUAUUGUCAUCAGCAGUCGUGCAAAAUAUGCCCUACGAGGGUGGCUUUACCGCGAAACAUGUCGCCUGGUUGAUUCAUACCGGAAUUGUGGGUGCAAUUUUUGCACCACUGUACUUUAUGGGUGGCGCUCUUGUUCUCCGAGCUGGCGUUUACACUGCGGGUAUAGUUGGAGGAUUGUCAACUUUGGCGGCUUGCGCUCCUAGUGAGAAGUUCCUCACAAUGGGCGGACCUCUCGCUAUUGGCUUUGGAGUUGUAUUUGCCAGCUCGAUGGCAAGUUUCUUUGUGCCACCAACAACAGUUCUGGGUUCGGGGCUCUACUCCAUGGCCUUGUAUGGAGGUCUCAUUCUCUUCUCGAUGUUCCUUUUGUACGAUACGCAAAAGGUCAUCAAGAAGGCUGAAACCUAUCCGAAGUACAACAUGAGCGGACAUCAAGCUUUUGAUCCAAUCAACAAUGCCCUACACAUUUACACAGACAUCAUCAACAUUUUCAUCCGGGUUCUCUCAAUCCUGGGCGGUGGCGGCGGACGAAAGAAGUAAAUUUAUUUAUAAUAAAUAAAAGUAUCACAAAAUCCAAAUUUCAUACUUCGAGCAUCUAUAAAAUUAAAAUGUUAAUUUUGUAAAUACUUUUGUUGAACUGAUCUGAAGCUUAUGUACAUUCUCCGAUAAAUUGAUUGCUUUGUAAGUACGAAUAUAAUAGAUAAUUUAAUAAAUAUUACUUAAUUUAAA